AUGUCUGAGGAGCAUAUGAUUAAACCAGAAAAUGUGGCCCCAAGUGCAGACACUAGCGAAUGGCCACUAUUGUUGAAGAAUUACGACAAGCUUCUAGUGAGAAGUGGACACUACACUCCUAUUCCAGCCGGAGCUUCUCCACUAAAGAGAGACUUGAAGUCAUAUGUCAGCUCCGGUGUCAUCAACCUUGACAAACCAUCUAACCCUUCGUCGCACGAGGUCGUUGCGUGGAUUAAGCGUAUUCUGCGUUGCGAGAAAACCGGUCACUCUGGAACCUUGGACCCUAAGGUCACUGGGUGUUUGAUCGUUUGUAUCGACAGAGCAACAAGAUUGGUGAAGUCUCAGCAGGGUGCUGGUAAGGAGUAUGUCUGCAUUGUUCGGUUGCAUGAUGCCCUAAAAGACGAAAAGGAUCUUGGCAGAGAAUUGGAGAACUUGACCGGUGCCCUCUUCCAAAGACCACCAUUAAUUUCUGCUGUCAAGCGUCAACUACGUGUUCGUACCAUCUAUGACUCCAAGCUAAUUGAGUUUGACAACAAGCGUAACUUGGGUGUGUUCUGGGCCUCCUGUGAAGCUGGAACUUACAUGAGAACACUCUGUGUCCAUUUGGGUAUGCUUCUAGGUGUCGGUGGACACAUGCAGGAGUUGCGCCGUGUGAGAUCUGGUGCUCUAGACGAGAACGACAAUAUGGUUACUUUGCAUGAUGUCCUAGAUGCUCAGUGGGUGUACGACAACACCAGAGACGAAUCUUACUUGAGAAAAAUCAUUCAGCCUUUGGAAACCUUGCUUGUAGGGUAUAAAAGAAUCGUCGUGAAGGAUUCCGCCGUUAAUGCCGUUUGUUACGGUGCUAAGCUGAUGAUUCCUGGUUUGCUACGCUACGAGGAGGGAAUCGAGCUAUAUGACGAAGUCGUAUUAAUCACCACAAAGGGUGAAGCCAUCGCUGUUGCAAUCGCCCAAAUGUCUACCGUUGAUUUGGCCACCUGCGACCACGGUGUUGUUGCGAAGGUUAAGAGAUGUAUCAUGGAAAGAGACUUGUACCCAAGAAGAUGGGGUCUCGGUCCUGUGGCUCAGAAGAAGAAGCAAUUAAAGGCUGAUGGCAAGUUGGACAAGUAUGGUCGUGUGAAUGAAAACACUCCAGAAGACUGGAAGAAGACUUAUGUGUCCCACGAGCCUUCCGCUGAUGCUGCUGCCGAGGUUGCUCCAGUAAAAAGUGAGCCUCUAAUCGAAGAGGUGAGCAAGAAGGACGCAAAGACUGAAGUGGAGGUUCCAGCUGAGAAGAAGCAAGACGACGAGGAGAAGAAGGAGAAGAAGGAGAAGAAGGAGAAGAGCGAGAAGAAGGAGAAGAAGGAGAAGAAGGAGAAGAGCGAGAAGAGCGAGAAGAAGGAGAAGAAGGAGAAGAAGAGAAAGGCGGAUGAUGAGAACGCCUCCGAGGAGAAGAAGAAGAAAAAGUCUAAAAAAUGA